AUGAGGACUCUGUGCCAAAGACAGGGAGUUCUGGGAUCUGCAGUUUUCCAGCUCAACUGUGGCAGCAGUACUAGAACAACUAAAAUUCUCAGCACUCAUUAUGACUGGCACACAACCACCCACAACAUCCGGGAGAGGAGGGUGGAGAAAGAGAGUCCUCUGCUCCCCUUUCACUGCUGCUGGAGCCACAAGGAAGAUGAUGAUGAUGAUGAUGAUGAUGAUGAAGAAGAAGAAGAAGAAGAAGAAGAAGAAGAAGAAGAAGAAGAAGAAGAAGAAGAAGAACUGCAUGGCUUUUGGCUUAAACACCUAACAAGCCUUCAUAAACAACUAUCAAAACAGUUCAAUCACAUUUUGCAAGGCGGUGAUAUUGAACAAUGGCUAACAACUGGGAAAACUCAUCUCAUCAUGAAAGACCCAGCAAAAGGUGCAGUUCCAAGUAAUUAUAGACCAAUAACCUGCCUGCCAACCAUGUUCAAAUUAUUAACUGGAAUAAUAGCAGAAGAAGUGAUGCAACACUUAUUAACUAACAAAAAGCCUCCAGUAGAACAGAAAGGAAAUUGCCCGAACACCAGAGGCACAAAAGACCAGCUGCUGAUUGACAAAAUGAUUUUAGAAAACUGCAAGAGAAGAAAAACCAAUCUAAGUGUUGCAUGGAUGACUACAAGAAAGCCUUCGAUUCAUUGCCUCACACAUGGAUACUAAAAUGUUUAGAAACAACUGGUGUCAGCAAAAACAUUCAGAUAUUUAUUUAAAAAGCAAUGAGCAUGUGGAGUACACAGUUAACAAUCAAUGGCGAGACACUUGGACAGGUUAGCAUUAGAAGAGGCAUUUUCCAAGGGGACUCACUAUCCCCUCUGUUGUUUGUAAUUGCCAUGACCCAACUUUCACAAAUACUAAACAAAACAGGCCUCGGAUACCAAACAUCUAAAACAUAAAGUCAAAUCAGCCAUCUGCUGUACAUGGAUGAUCUGAAGUUGUAUGGAAAGUCCCAGUCAGAAAUUGAAUCACUGCUAAACACUGUCCGUAUAUUCAGUAGCGAUAUAGCAAUGGAGGUUGCACUAGACAAGUGUGCUGCAUUAAUAAUGAACAGAGGGAAAAUAAGAAAAACAGAAGGAAUAGAACUGCCCAAUGGAAGCAAGAUCAAGAACCUGGAAGAGAAAGAACAUUACAAAUACUUGGGCAUUCUCCAGGCUGAUAACAUCGCACACACUGAAGUUAAAAGAAAAAUUGGAAGUGAAUACAUCAGGAGAGUUACAAAAAUCCUCAAGUCCAAACUCAAUGGCGGGAACACCAUACAAGCCAUAAACACCUGGGCUAUACCUGUUAUCAGAUACACUGCAGGAAUAAUAGACUGGACCCAGGCAGAGCUAGAGACGCUAGAUCGUAAGACCAGGAAAAUCAUGACCAUCAAUCAUGCUCUGCACCCCCACAGUGAUGUAGAUAGGCUAUACCUCCCUCGCAGCUCAGGUGGAAGAGGAAUGCUGCAAGUC